AUGGACGACUUCUUUGGAUUCGGCGAUAACGUUCCUGACGGUACUGCACAGACAUUCGACCCCUUCGCAGGACAGCCAGCGGCACCAAUUCAAAGUGCUGAUGACAUGUUCGGUUUUGGGGACGUCCCUGCAGCUACCGCGCCCCCUGCCCCUGCAGUGCCCUUUUUCACCGCCCCAGAGCAGACUGGCCAGCACGGUGUCAAUGCAUUUGAAAAAGCUGCAACGCUUUCCGCGCCUGUGCCUGUGCCUGUAGAGGCGUAUUCCACCUCUUCGUCGGCCCCUGUAGUCCCAUCUUUAUCGAGCAUUCCGCAGGCUUCCACGACCCAGCAGCCUGCUGCUGUCUCUAUUGCACCACCAGUUGUCCCUGCUACGCAUGUUUCAGCGCAACCGGGGCAGCUUCCCCCUGCGCUCACCCCAUAUGCUCCACUGCCUCCUCCAAUACAUCUUUCUCCCGAGCACGAGGCCGCCCUCAAUGAUCCUGAGAUUCUGGUGGCAUAUCAGCGAGACAAUAGCAUUGCAAAGACCAAUGAGAUCAAGUACAAAGCGUUUCAGAACCUUCAAGACAAAAAUCACGAGGCCGCAAAGGCCCUCGUCUAUCAGCAAAGCGUUGAGUACAGAAAGGCCUAUAUGGAGAAGUUCCAGAAGGAGGGAGAAGCCCGUAAGGCUCAGCAGUGUGUCAAACGCGAGAAGGUCCGUCGUGCCCUCUUGGAGGGAGGUUCUGUCCCGUGGGUACGGGUUAGAAGUCUGGCGCGUGACGAUGCAACAGGUUCUGAGCAAGCCCUUCGUCAGCUAGAGGCGAUUAAGGCCAAGAGUACGUUUGAUUACCGUGCCAACGAGCUCCUCAACAAAUGA